AUGGCUAACAAAAAUAUAAACAACAACUCGAAGUCGACGCCGGCAUCAAUAAUAGACGGCAGAAAAUUUCUGGAUAUGUUAUCAACAAUAUCCUUGGAGGAAGUUCUGAAUCUCGAGUUUCGUUGCAUGCAACACGAGAAAUGGCAAAAGAUGAUCACACUUGGCGACGACAAAAACAAAAAGUUGUAUCACUGCAAUGUUUGCAAUGUAGUUCAGUAUGGGGAUAAAAACUUAUUUAGCCACCUUAGUGGUAAGCGGCAUAACGCCAAUAUGGAUAAAAAACCAACAAACACAAAAAUAUCUGAUAAACAUAACAACAACUCUUCAUCCAAUCAAAAAAAUACGCAAAGCAAUGAAAUAGUAGCUAACCCUUUAAACUCAAAAACUCAAACUACAACUAAUAAGCAAAGUGGCGACAAUUCGGCCAUUAAAUCACAACGUCCGGGAAAUUCAGAAGAUAAAACUCGUGAUUCUAAAGCAAACAGAGGUGAAAAAAUUCCAGAGAUUGUUAAAAAUCCACUCGCAGGAGCAGAUGCAAGCAAAACAGGGAUUACAUGUGUUCCACUCGCAAAACUUCUAAGCAUUAACUCAGAUAAAACAGAGACAAGUACUGAUCAAAUAGAAGUAAUUUCACUUGAUGAUACAGAUCCAGAGGCGCCAAGUGAUACCAGAAUAUUAGCAGAAGAAUCGCCUUCAACUUCGCAAGGACGUUCUGAGAAGACAACUAAAUCUCGGUCGGAUAGAAAUGAACGGAAUCGUGUAUUAAUACCCGCCAUAACUUCUGUCAGUGGCGGUGAUAGCCGAAAGAACCAAAGUAAAUCUACAGGCGAGCGUCAAGUAGCCGUAUUUGAAUCUAAACCGAAUCCUAAUGAAAUUGUGGGAGUUUUAGGAGUAGAAUAUGUCAUUAAAAUAGUCAAAACCUUGAAUGAACGCAAUCCUAGAUAUCAAUGCAGCCUUUGUGAUGUCACCACUGAUCAGGCUGCGAUGCAAUGCCAUCUAGUCGGUUACAAUCAUAUGCUGAAAUAUUGUGAGAAACAUUUCCCCACAGCCAUGGCUCAAUAUCGACAGUAUAUGGUGAAUGUGCCAGAACACAAGGUAUGCAAAGUGUUGGUGCCGAUCUUAAAGAAACUGGCCAUUGCCAUUGAAAAGCAUCAUGGCCGAGGAUCUGCCUUCUUAUGCUAUGACUAUACAUACCAAAAGAAUAAGGCAAAUAUUGUUGCAAAAGCUCUCAAUCGAAAACAUUCAUCCGAAAUGAUGGGUCCCUCAUUUAUACAUGUUGUUGAUGCCCAAGAAGUUGAUGCUCUAAUAGAAAAUGCUAAUAAACGAGUCGUUCAAGAACCACCACCUGCAAAUUAUGUCAUAAACACAGAUCCACACUUUAUGCACACUCAUUAUCAAGGUCUACCAUAUUAUGAUCCAAACAGCAGCAUUCCCAAUAAUAACUAUAACAACUUCCCAGAGCAAAAUUCUAUGGAGAUGAUGGUCGACGAUGAGACACACAAACGUAUGGUCGAAAACUUUUUGAGACACAACGAACAUGGACAAUCUCAGGAUCAAAGGAGCCAGAAUCGUGGCUCCAAACGUCAUCGUUCUAGAUCCACAUCAAUGGAAAGAAAGAGAAGGCGUUCGUUAUCCUCACAAUGGAAUGUUGAACGUCGCUCACUGUCACCCUUAAGAGAGGGAGACAUUUGGCAGGCAUACCGUCAUAUGGUUGAUCAAAAGGUUCGUGAACUUAACGUGUUUUUUGAGCUAUACAAAGGUGAUCCUGAAGAGCAUCCCCAGUAUCAGGAGGAGUGGCAAAAAUUCUGGAAAAGACGUAAGGAUGAACUUAUUUCUGCUGGCAUUAACCAUCGCACUUAUAACUAUCAAAAUGAAUGGGUUCUAUUCUUUAAUGCGCGCAUUGAGGAACUCUACAAUCAAGAUGUCGAGAAUAUUAAAAUCAAAUGUCGCGAGAGAUUGUGCUUACCGAUGACUAACGAUAAUUUACCAAAUCCAAAGUAUCACGUUCACACAACACAAAGUGUCCCGGAUAGAGUAAGUCCUAUGGAGGACAAACCCGAUGAGGAAGAAGAUGAACCUCCAAGAGUGAAUGUCAUUCAUGUACUUCGCCUUCUAACUGCAAUGGAGGAUAAUUUGGGUAGUUUGGGACCCCACAUUACGGAAAUGUUGGCCAAAGCAUUGCAAACACAAAAGGUUCAUCCAGAUAAGCUUAAUUCGUUAAUACUCACCCACGAGAAUUGUGCUCUUCUGGAAACGGCCAAAGAAAAGUUCACUGGUCUUGUAAUUUCCAAAAUAUUAGAUGCCAAUAAGGAACGUGCCAUCAAACGUGCUAUCAACGAUACUAAUUUGUUAUUGAAAACUGUUCCACGAAUGAUUCGAAAGUCGCCAAAUAACGACAUGAAUUUGCAUCGUCCAUCCGGAGAUCCCCAUAUUAAUCUACGCAAGCAAUUGCAACCAGAUAUAUCUGAUAAUCGUGAAAAUCCAAGUUCCACCUCCCAUGGGAGGCCAAUUCAAAUUGAAAGCUCGAUGGAUAAAACCGAAUUGGCUGCCAAAUUGGCUUCCACAAUAACAUCCCAGGGAAAAACAUCAAUUAAUCGAGAACAACUUCAACAAAUAAUACAAGUUUAUUCGAUGAUUGAAAAGAAGAAACGUCUGGAAGGUAAUGCAACAAAUGAUUUGGAAACGUUCAACAAUUCAGUAAAUAACCAGCGAUCGGAUGUGACUGAGAAACCAAACAACAACAAUCCUACACCUGUUGUUAAUUAUCAAGAGCAUAUUUCCUACGACAAUACCCGGAAUAUUCAGAAUACUGCUCCGAUGCCGUACCAGGGAUUAUUGCUUGCUCCAAAUUACUAUGGCAAUAGUAAUAAUAGUAAUGUAGACGGUUCCGGAGGAUCUUUCUAUGGAGGCGGCUCUAAUGUGAUGAGUAAUUUCCCAGCAAGUGGAAAUUAUUUAUCUGCAAAUGUGGCUCGCAUGAAUAACACAAACUAUAAUAACUCUAAUCUAAUGGGCAAUUACGGCAACAACAACAACAAUCAGCAAGACGUUGGAUCCAAUAUGUACAACCCUUAUCAGAAGACUGACGGUGGUGGCCAAUUUUCGAUGAACACACCCAACUCCAUGAGAAGUAACGCGGAUAUGCUGCCCUAUUACAACUCCUCCAAUUCCUAUAACAGUAAUUUUGGAUCAAAAAGGAUUCCAUAGACAAUAUGGACUCUGGACUGGACGAGAUGUUGAACGUUUAAAAGGAACGUCCCUUUUCGGAUUUGCAAAUUCAUUAUGUCUAGUACAUAUUGAAUUGGUAAUUAAAUAUUAGUAUGUUUUACAACGAGAGAAUAUACUUUUCCAAAAAAAUACUAUUUACCUAAAAGCACUGUCACUUUUGGUACAUGCGAAACAGGAGUUUAAUACAUUUGUAAUUAAUUAUAAGCCAUAUAAACAUUAACCGUACAAAAAACUCAGAAAUCACAAUCUGUCUUAUAUAUAUAUACAUAUAUACAUAUAUUUAGAAUAUAAACAUGUGUAGAAUAAAGAUUCUACGGGAAUGUCAAACUAA